UCUAGAGACAUUAGCAUAAAAGCGAGCGUACAGCUGAACUACAGUACCCACACGACACUGUUUCAGCCUACAGUACAUUCUGCUGCUUAUCCGGGGAUGUCACACCGCUGCUAUUUUCUCCCCUCAGUCCCUCUCACUCUCAGCCUACAGCUCCAGCGGACUGACACUGGGCUUUGGAUAGAAAGAAACGAACAAUAAGAUACAAAAACAGGAGGCCAAAAAAAUGACAGAGCUCGGAGCGGGAAGCCUGCCGCUGGGAGAUCCUGCUUUUAAUUACCAGGAGCACGAGCUUAACGAGAGGCUGAAGCGGCUUUACCCGGCUGUAAACGAGGAAGAGACCCCUUUACCCCGAUCCUGGAGCCCCAAGGAUAAAUACAGCUACAUUGGGCUGUCACAGAACAACCUACGGGUCCAUUACAAAGGUCAUGGAAAGAACCACAAAGAUGCAGCAUCAGUGCGAGCCACACACCCAAUCCCUGCUGCCUGUGGGAUCUACUACUUUGAAGUCAAGAUUGUCAGCAAAGGUCGAGAUGGAUACAUGGGCAUUGGCCUGUCUGCUCAGGGAGUCAACAUGAACAGACUGCCUGGAUGGGACAAGCACUCAUACGGUUACCAUGGAGAUGACGGACACUCCUUCUGCUCCUCCGGGACCGGCCAACCAUACGGGCCAACAUUCACCACGGGUGAUGUAAUUGGCUGCUGCGUCAACCUCAUUAACAACACUUGCUUUUACACCAAAAAUGGCAUCAGUUUAGGUGUUGCCUUCACAGACCUCCCCCCCAACCUGUACCCCACUGUGGGGCUUCAGACCCCCGGUGAGAUCGUAGACGCCAACUUUGGCCAGCAGCCAUUUGUCUUCGACAUUGAGGACUACAUGAGCGAAUGGCGGGCCAAGAUCCACGGCAUGAUCGCUCGCUUUCCCAUAGGCGAGCGGCUGGGGGAGUGGCAGGCCGUCCUACAGAAUAUGGUGUCCAGCUACUUGGUGCACCAUGGGUACUGUGCCACUGCAACAGCCUUUGCCAGAGCUACAGAGACCAUGAUACAAGAGGACCAGACAUCUAUAAAGAACAGACAGAGAAUACAGAAGCUAGUGCUGGCAGGACGGGUUGGUGAGGCCAUAGAAGCAACUCAGCAGCUUUAUCCCGGCCUGUUAGAACGCAACCCUAAUCUACUAUUCAUGUUGAAGUGUCGCCAGUUUGUGGAGAUGGUGAACGGUACAGACAGCGAGGUUCGCUGCUUGACUAUUCGCUCCCCAAAGUCCCAGGACAGUUACCCCGGCUCACCGUGCCUCAGCCCCCACCACGGAGCCAGCAACACACACUUGCACACCGGAGGUUCAGACAGCCCCACCUGUAGUAACGGGGUGACUCCCCCGAACAACUCAAAGAGCCACAGCAGCAGCGGCAGCAUCAAAUACCCCAGCGCGUCCUCCUCCGCCUCUUCCUCCUCCUCCUCCUCCCCUUCAUCCAUCAACUACUCUGAGUCCAAUUCCUCCGAUUCCACCAAGAGCCAGCCGCACAGCGCCAACAGCACCCAGGAAACCAGUGACAGUGAGAUGGAGAUCGAAGCAGAGCACUACACCAACGGCGUUGUUGAGGGCUCCUCGGCGCGGAUCAUGAACGGAACCUACAAACAUGAAGAGAUCCUUCAGCCAGACGACAACAGCAUUGGCAAUGGAGUCACAGAUGAGGUUUGUAGUCACAGCAGACAGCUUUGUGGUGGGAACCAAGCAGCCACAGAGAGGAUGAUCCAGUUUGGACGGGAGCUGCAGGCGCUCAACGAACAGCUGUGUCAGGAGUACGGCAAGAAUGCCACGCACAAGAAGAUGUUACAGGAUGCAUUCAGCCUGCUAGCGUACUCAGAUCCCUGGAACUGCCCCGUGGGCCAGCAGUUAGACCCUACGCAGAGAGAGUCACUCUGCUCUGCCCUCAACAGCGCCAUACUGGAGUCACAAAAUCUGCCUAAACAGCCUCCGCUGAUGCUAGCGCUCGGUCAGGCCACAGAGUGUGUUCAGCUCAUGGCCCGAGUCCGGUCCGGUUCCUGCUCCUUCGCCAGAGUAGACAACUUUUUGCACUAGCCCAGGUCCAGGUUAUUGUUAAGUAGCACUGAGAGAAGACAUGUCCAGCAGGUAGUUGUCAUGGCAACGGAGGAAGGAGCGUUGGUGCAUUUGGCUGUCCAUCAGACCGAGCCAGCAGCACAGGCAAGAGGGGCAGAGGAGAGAGAGAGAGAAAAGAAAGGUUCCUUUUAAUUUAGUAUUAUAAAAUAAAUAAAUGUGUGACACUAUUUAAAGAUAAUUAUUAUUCUGUUCAUCUAGCCUUUUUUUUUCUUUUGUUUUUUAGUUCUUUUGUGUCAGUUUGUUGUGCUCAUCCUGGAACAAAGAAAUUGUAAACCUCCUUCUGAUUCUUCCCUUCUGUUUUAACGGGUGGAUUUCUUCUCCCUGCUGUCAGUAUUGUUGUUCUUGUUCACCAUAUCACAGACCACAAUACCCAAAAGCUGGUUUCCACAGUCAUCCUGACGCCUGUAGGCCUUUUUUUUUUCCAAUUAGACACGGAGGAAAAAAAUAUGCACUUUGUAUCUUGAAAUACAGAAGGGUUCAACCUCGCCAGGAAAAAUGCCUCAUAGCCCCCAAAUUAUUCCAGAUAGAAAAUAAAAAUUUACUGGACAAAGCUUUCCAAGUCAUGCUCUAAUAUAUCUUUGUGAGCUAACAAUUUAUUACCCAAAGAAUAGGAGACUUCCUUAAAACUUUACCCAUGUAAAAGGGAAAAAAAACAUAAUUGAAGGUCCUCUGUAGCUGCGAACGCUGCCGGGAGAGAGGGUGAUGACAAGAGACUACAGUGGAAUAUUAGAGGUGUUGGAGCCUUGAUUUUACCGUAACAACCACAACGUCGACCAAUCAGCGAUGUGGUUGCAGGUGGCAAAGCUCGGCAAGAGCUGCACCGACAACAUCCACCUUCAGGACCAAGUCUUACACUAUUUUAAUGGCCACCUUGAUGCCAGUAUUGAGGAAAUCAGUAUCAAACUCAGCCUAACAAGCGCUGUGUGUGUGUGUGUGUGUGUGUGUGUGUGUGUGUGUGUGUGUGUGUGUGUGUGUGUAUUCAGGGCACUCCCCCUGAGAUUUAAUUACUGCUGCCCUUUUUUUUUCUUUGCCAUCCUCCACAACCUGACCUUCUGUGUGCAUGUGCUGUUGCAAACACUGUUUCAGGAAAAAAAGGAAAACCAUUUUCCGAACACAUAUGUGUAGUUUUUUAGGGAGCACUGUGUGAUCUUUCGUUUUGAUUUUAAAGAUUGUGAAAACCAGUUCUGGUUGUUGGGAAAGUUUCUCUCUUUUUGCCUUACACAGAGCCCUUUAGGUUUGUAAAACAGUCACAGAGUUCUUUUCAAUAUGUACAGUAACAUGAUGGUAAAACAGUCAUUUUACCCUUGAGGCUAGCUGCUGGCCACAAUGAGAUUUAUGUACCAGUAAAGACAGUGCUCAGGUCCGCUACUUCCUGUUUUGGUGUCAGGUUAAACCUGCCAACAGUCCUGUUUUUACAACAUUUCCCUCAUACUUAAAGCUGCAUUAUAAGGUUGCUUUGUUUGUCUGAGUAUUCUUAGUUGACUGUCUCUCAAUUACUAUCUACAUGCAGUCCACAUACUGCACAUAAUAUCAGCCAAAACAGAUUCAAGGCGUGUCUAUGCAACAGCUUCCUGCAGAGGCAGGAUUCCUGUGUUAGCUGUCGCUCCUUUAAUGCUUUACCCGUCGACAGAGACGAGAGCACCACUUUAACACACGCUUAAAGAAUAACAACCAGGAUGUGUGUGACAGGUAGAUGCAGUCAAUAUUAGUGCAGUAGUACAAACACUGCAGAUUGAAAUAGAACAUAAGGAUAAGAAGUUUCGUAGGGCAACAAGCCACGAUCUGAGGUAGACCGUGGUAGAUGUCAUACAGUGCAUGACAUCAACAAAUCUCUGGGUGUUUGAGACCAAAAUGUUUGUACUGAGUCAGAUCAGUACAAACAGAAGUACCAAAUACCGCUUCCAGACACGUCUCACUUGGCUUGAUAUUAAAAUUAAUUAAUAAGAUAUUACGACUUUAAAUUACUCAGUUUUACACGGUCAGUUCACAGUUUUCAUGACAGCUUCUGCAGCCUCAGACCUUUUUCCACAGCAGAGACUCUGGGUUAUUGUGAGAUAAACACAGAUGUAAUUUGUAAGAAAACAAAUUAAACCAUUCAGACAAGGCUCCAUUUUUGUGUAUAAUAAAAUUGAGCCAUCAUUAAAACUUGGUUCAAAAGUAACUUUUCUCAUGACAACUUAAAAUAUCUGCUUGGACGAAAAAGGCCUGUUAGGCUUCACCAAUAUCAUCAAGUAAGUUUUGGCUAGUAAAAAACUAGCUAAAGCACUAACUAGCUGUACCUCACCCAUCUUUAUUUUGUCUGCUAAGGACUUUGUUUGAAACUGCGCAGCUAAAACAAACUAAUUCACUAACUGGUGGCUGACGAGGUUGAUUCUUUUGAAUCAGCCAAUCAUUUUGCUGCUCCUCAGAAACACACUGUACAGUAACUAGCCUUUGUUUUAGCAAGACCACAUGCUACCUGGCUACACGGCCAGCUGGCUCAGCUGCUUUUAAGCUCACAUAGCCGAAUAGUACAAAACGUUAUUUCUAAAAAUGUUUCUUAAAUGUUUGCAAAAAAAAGACCAAAAAGCCACUGUGUUCCUUUCUGUAACACACAUGAGCUAACGUGUUAGCGGGCCUGGGUGAAGUUCAGUCGUCUAUGCUUUAAUGGCUCUUUUUUUGACUUCAUUUUUAUUUUACAGGAGCCACACUUGAGUUAGAAUAUAUUUGGAGGUAACGCUGAUAUUUUUUUCUUUCUUUAGUAUUUGGAAAAGCUAAAAUGGAAAUCUUGAAGGGAUUUCACAGGAACUUUUAAACAUGUGGAUUCAAAGCUUUUUGUUUUCAUCAACUCAACUUUCUCAGGUUGAUACUGUUUCCACACAACAAAGAUGGCAGCCAGUCACAAUAGAAUAAAACAUUAAUUGAGUAACUAACCCGUUAAUUACUUUCACAAUGUUAGCUCUGUAAAGUUGGCUCACGCUGCAGCAUUAUUCACUUCAUUUUUAGUUUUGUGUUUCAAAAGAGAAGACUUUAGUCCCGUGUGUCGGAAGCAUUAAGUUUAACUACCACCCCAGUCACAUGUGUCAUUAUUUGGUUUUAAUGAUAAACAUGUUUUCCUCUGUAAACAUAUGAAAUGAUUUCUUUUCUACAAAGUGGAUGAAUAUCGUAUGACUGAUGAAACGUUGUCUCUCUGUCUGCUUUGUCGUGACCUGGCGAGCGGCGUGCUGAUCCACCCUGAAGUGUGUAUUUCUAUUCAUAAGAGAUUUUCCGUCUAGGUUAUGUGGUCAAACCUUUUUAGCUGGUGUUUUGUUUUUGUUUUUCUAAACACCUUCUGCUAAUGUAGGAUUUAUUCUAA